AUUUAUAUCCGUGGUUUACCCUUUUUGUGUCUCUGUGUCUCUGAGCUCUACAAUUAGCCAUCGGUAGAUUUGAUAGAGGAAUUGAAUUUCCGCAUACACUUUCUUACAAAUCGGAAUCCCCUCCGCCGCUGCCACCGUAGAUUCUGAAAUUGUUGGAUCUUGUUGCAGGAACCAUGCCAAAGGUGAAGACAAACCGAGUAAAGAUACCAGAGGGGUGGGAGCUGAUUGAACCGACUCUUCGUGAACUACAAGCAAAGAUGAGAGAAGCUGAGAAUGACCCACAUGAUGGUAAAAGGAAAUGUGAGGCCCUGUGGCCUAUUUUCAAAAUAGCCCAUCAGAAGAGUAGAUAUAUAUAUGAUCUCUAUCACAGGAGGAAGGAAAUCUCCAAGGAAUUAUAUGAGUUCUGCUUGGAUCAGGGUUAUGCAGACCGUAACUUAAUCGCAAAGUGGAAAAAGCCUGGUUAUGAAAGGCUUUGUUGCCUGAGGUGCAUGCAGCCUCGAGACCAUAACUUUCAAACUACUUGCGUCUGCCGAGUCCCAAAGCACUUACGUGAGGAAAAGGUUAUUGAAUGUGUGCACUGUGGCUGUAAUGGCUGUGCAAGCGGGGAUUAAGGACUGCAGAGCCAAAACUGAAUCAACGAGCACAACUCAUUUGUACUGAAGUUUUCAGGCACAGCAUUUCUAAACUCUUGUUUAUGCUUAAACUUGAAAACAUGUUCACUUUUUCUGUUUUCAUUUGACAUUGUGGCGAUGUAAUGAAAGUAUAUUAUCUGAUUAA